ACCGACGGCGCCUCGCCCGCCGCCUCUCGCCAGCUCACGCGACCUCCCUGGACGGGGCUAGUGUGUCACCCUCUGUCGCCGCACGUCGGCAGUCCGACCGAGGAUGCGGCCCCGCGCUAGUAUCUCCGGCUCUGAGACCGUCCGGGAGCCGAGAGCCGCGGUCACACGGAGCCCCCGAAGUCCGAGGGGCAGCGGGAGCCCGCGGGAGCCCGUCGGGAAGACGGAAGUCGCUCCGCAGGCCGCACAGGAGACGCGCAAGGAGGCGAGGAACUGGCCGCACCGGGGCUGGAAGCGCAGGAGAGCGGGAUCCGGGGCCCGAAAUCCGACAGACCCGAGACGGCGGCGGAGCCCCGGCCGGCGCCUCUCACCUCCCGGAGCUCGGGUCAGCUCGGAAGCGGCGCCAGCCAAGGCCUGCCCGCUGGCGGGGGGCGACCGCACGGACGGCGCGGGGUGCGAAGGGGAGAGGAAGGAAACACCCGCCCUCCCUCGAGGCUGAACCAGAAACCCGCUGAUCAUGACUUCUAGGUGAGCCUUGCCCCCAACCCAAGACUUGAAACAGCAGGGAGAGGGCGAGGAACGUUAUCAGAAGGCCAACGGAUUUUGUCAUUUUAUGAGUGCACAAAUAAUAAAGUUACAGUGUAUAAACCCUC